GUUACCUCUCAUUUUAUAGGCAAUGGAAUUAGCUGUACAGGCCACACAAGCUUGUAAUUUCAAGGACUGGUGGUGGAAAGUGCAACUUGGCAAAUGCUACUUCACUCUGGGCUUAAUCCGUGACGCAGAGCAACAGUUUCGUUCGGCACUAAAGCAGCACCAGGCGGUGGAGAUAUUCCUUCGCUUGGCUCGUGUUUAUAUCCGCCUGGACCAGCCGCUUUCGGCUUUGGACGCGUGUAAGACGGGGCUGGAAUACUUCCAAGGGGAGGUGACGCUGACAACGGAGAUGGCGAGGCUGUUCGAGGGACUUAACAACAUCCCGACUUCCAUUAAGUACUACCGAGAUAUCCUGAAGGAGGACUCGACGCAUGUGGAAGCCAUUGCGUGUAUAGGAAUGCAACACUUUUAUACAGACCAGCCCGAGAUUUCACUUAGAUUUUACAGGAGACUGCUACAGAUGGGAAUCUACAAUGCAGAGCUCUUUAACAAUCUGGGGCUGUGCUGCUUCUAUGCGCAACAGUACGACAUGACAGUGACAUGUUUUGAGCAGGCCCUCAGUCUUGCCGCUGAUGAGGCAGUUGCUGAUGUGUGGUACAACGUUGCACAUGUGGCCAUUGUAAGUUUACUGUACUCUGUACGCUGUCGCAAGCCGCGUGGCUGCGUAGAUUUUUUCGUAGGUCACUUAAUGAAUCGCCAACUACUCGGACUAAAUUGUUGAAUGGUUUAAUGGGAU